CCCAUUUAAUAUUACUCUUCCAAUGGAUCUAAGUCCACAUAUUCUGAAAAACUAGACCCGCGAAAGAGAAAAAAGAAGCAUGAAUGAGGGUCAAAACAAUGUUGGUUCUUCAGUUGAUAGACAAAUGACAUCAUUUAUUCUAGAAUUGGUUAAUCUUAGGAAUAGGUCGGGCAUAAAAUGGUCGUCUGAAGACGAUUUUUGUUCUGCAUCUUAUACGGAUCCGGAGCUUUGUUUGAAUGCUGUAUGUGCUUUGUACUGUCAACAAAUUUCUGGAAAGAAAUUCUCCUCGAUGAGUAAGAUUGACAAAAAAAGGAUUACUGCUUUAGGGGUGUUUCUGUGUGAUGGGGAUCGCAAAAACAAGCUCAAGAAGACAAUUUCGGAGGUUGGACCGGAAGAUCUUUGGAGAUGCAAGACACUGUCUAUUCAAUACUACCGCCAAAUAUAUGGGAUUUACCAUAACAAGAAAGACCACCUUUUCUGCCCCGGUGCUGCUAUCUGGAAAUUAAGCUCCAGUUGACGCGAAGGCUGUUCGCUCAUCUCUAUGUGUACAAAUGCUCAAAACAAGGGUCUAGUUGUUGCACCAGACUCCGAGGGAGCUCUUAUACUAGACUUGCUUUGUUAGUAGGAACAAUUAGGUACUUAUCGUUAAUCUGUUGGACUUCAAUGUAGUAUUUUGAUUAUGAAUUGCUAUAUUUAUAGAAUGGUUUGAGUACAAUUGAAUAAUGGAGGCAUGUUAUGUAUCGUC